UCUUGUUGUUGUUCUAUCUUUGGCUCAAGUUUUAAAACCCUUGAAUGUGACGUCACUGGCGACUCACGUCCAGUACGGAUUAAAGAUGGCACCUUCUCCGGCACUGAGGUGCUGUAAACGGGCUCUGAACUGGAUACCUGUCCUGUUUAUUAACUUGGUUGUUGCCUGGUCUUAUUAUGCGUAUGUUGUGGAACUCUGUGUGUAUACAAUCCCAAUCAAUGCAGAACGAAUCAGUUAUUUGGUCAUCUUUCACGCCUUCCUCGCCAUUUUCAUUUGGUCGUACUGGAAAACGAUCUGGUCCAAGCCAGCUAGCCCCUCAAUAGCAUUCGCCCUGCCUCGAGCAGAGAAGGAGCUGUACGAGAAGGAGCAGCGAGCUGAGAUGCAACAGGAGAUUCUUAAGAGAGUGGCGAAGAAUUUACCCAUAUACACGCGCACGGCUGGAGGAGCCAUCCGCUACUGCGACUUCUGUCAGCUGAUCAAACCUGAUCGCUGCCAUCACUGCUCCACUUGUGAAAUGUGCGUUCUAAAAAUGGACCAUCACUGUCCCUGGGUGAAUAACUGCGUUGGAUUCUCCAACUACAAAUUCUUUGUUCUGUUUUUAGCCUACGCCACGCUCUACUGUGUUGUAAUUUGUGCAACAGUAGUUCAGUAUUUCAUAAAAUUCUGGACCAAAGAACUUCCUGACACGCAUGCUAAAUUCCACAUCCUGUUCCUGUUUUUUGUGGCGGCCCUUUUCUUUAUUAGCAUUGUGUCACUUUUCAGCUACCACCUGUGGCUUGUGGGAAAGAACAGGACCACCAUAGAGGCUUUCAGAGCUCCCGUGUUUGCAAAUGGUCCAGACAAAAACGGGUUUUCUCUAGGCUUUAAAAGAAAUUUAGUCGAGGUGUUUGGAGACCAGGCGAAGAACUGGAUUUUUCCAGUUUUUUCAAGCCAGGGUGAUGGGCAUUCCUUUGUGACCAGACUGGUGCACAUAGAUCCUGAACAAGUAAACAGCAUCCUCCAGCAGAAUGGCAAAAUCCCGGCCAACGGAGAGCCCAACCCUUGUGUGCUUGUUAACAGUGCGCCACACACCGAGGACAGCAGCAAGGAGACAGCUGAUGUGUCUCAGACGGUCGCUGUGACCAUGGACAGUGAGCCUUAGCAGAACACGCCAACAUCCGUUAACAUGAUGCCUUAAACCAGAAGCAUCAAUACCUCCAGGACCGUACGUGGCACCACAACAAUACUGUUGUCAUGACAACAAACACUCCACAGCGACUUUGUAGACUGCAACAGUCUGAAGCACAGGGGAUUUAGGGUUUCUGUCUUUGUUAUUUGCUAAAGACUUUAAAUGUUGUUAUUUUUAUUGCAUCUGAAGAAAAACAAAUCUCUGGGAGCCAACGUAUGUCUUUAUUGUUUUGUUUAUACAGAUUAAUCAGUUUUCCACUGGAGAUGAAUUCAUUAUCAGUAUUAAUCAAACAUUAAAAAACUAAACUUGAGUUGUUUGUAGAACAACGCGGUGUGUAUUACCUACUUAAUAAUUAUAUUAACUCCAGAUAAAAAUGCUUUUUUUAAGACUGGUGGUCAUUUAUCAGAUUGUCUCACAUUUUAUUUCCGUUUUAUGUUGGAAAACAUAAAAAAACCUUCUGUUUACAUUUCUAUUUAUACCUUCUUUUCCGUCUUAUAUAAUGAAGAUGUGUUUGGACCAAAGCGUCAGAUAUUUAGAGCACCUGAUGAGUGAUAUUAUCUUUUUUCAUUUUGCACUAUAAAGUUCUUUUUCAAUGUUUUUAUUUUUGAAUGUUUCCACUUAUUUUUUAUUUCAAGUCAAACCACAACAAAUAAAAGCACAUUGAAGUGAUGUAAAGAUGGAGUCCGAAAGCUCAGGGUAUUUAUUUCUUUAAACCAGGAUGAAUCUAGGUUUUAGGCUCUGUCCUGCCAGCAUGUGAUUAUUGAUGAUUAUUCCUAUUAGCAGACAUGAUGCACAGCUGUGUGUGUGUGAUAAUUAUAUUCAUAAAUUUUUGACUGUUGUCUGAUUUGGAUGUACUGACUGGAUUAACGUCUCACUGACUGGACACAGCUUAAUGCAUACAUGUGUGUAAAUAGUUAUUUAAUUAAAAAUGCUGAAUGCUACUGGUUAAUCUAAUAAAGGCACUUCUAAAUGUU